AUGGGUGUCCUCCGCCUCCCUAACCCAAUCGCCACAUACAUCCCGGACACUCGCUCCCGCCUUAUAACUACAUCCAUGAUCUCUCAACCCUUAAGUCCUGAUCUUGACUCAAACUUCGGUGACGGAGCCCUUCCCACCACGGUUCUCCCCGCUCUAGAGUAUAUCUCCAACAAGCUUGGUGCUUGCACUCACUUAACAAUCCUCGUCGGCUGCGGCGCACCUCUCCCCUUCGCCCACCAACCCGAGCUCACUCUCAUCCCCAUUGCCCCAUUAGAUCAGCAGACAUGGCGGACGCUUCACCGCAUUGUCCGGAAAGCCUCGAAGAAAUUUUCUCUCGGCCUUGCCUGGUCCAAUGCCCUCCAGCGCAGCCAACAACGCCAGUCCCUGAACGAGAACUGCAACGACUAUCUCCUCCGCCAGUCCAUUUUACAGAACGACGUCCUCUUUACCCAGGAGGGCCUGACCCUCCUAAGCAUUGAUCGUCUCUAUACCAUCAAGUGCAGACUGCACGCAUACUCGCAAGGCGCUGCGCGCCAGAACGGCAUCCCCGACCACCUUUACAUUAAAUCCUGCGUGAAAUUGCUGAGGCAGACCGUCGCAGACUACAAGGGCCGACCAUUCAGCCUGGCCUUCUUCAACAGGAUCUACGAGGACCUGUCAGUUCCCGAGCACCUGCUGGUCGAGGUUGCCAACGAGUAUCAGGCCAGGUAUGCCCGGACGGGCAUCGUGCUCCCCCAGAAGAUGUCUCCGUCUGCCGCCCCUCCACCACCCAACGGACAGCAGCAGGCACAGCAACAGCCUCAAACGAAGAGAAAGAAUGUGGAUGGCAUUAAGCGACUGCGCCCGAGAACUCCACUGAGUGCAUCGGACGUCACGCCCAUCACGCAGGGCGAGUGGCAGAUGCUGCUCAGCAGCCAAGCACAGCGACCGCACGACAACAUUACGCUUCACAUUCCCUUUCCCGUGAAGCCGGUGGGCGCGUGA